AUGAAAUUCUUCAGCUUAUUCCUAUGCACAUUAAUAUCGAUGACUGUUCUUACCGCUCCUGACGGGCGCAGUGCGGCUAGACAAAGACGAUCUUUCGACAAUGAAAUCAAGGAAUCCUGGAUUAUGCAUAAACGUGCUGCCCCUGCUACUCCCCCUGUCCCCACGGGCGAUGCCGCUCUUGCCAGUGCUAAACCCGAGGAUCCCAGCGGAAUCUUAGGGAGCGGUAUCAGUGGGACGGACGCCAAAAAUCUGGUCAUGGAGUUCUUGAGGUCGCCAGUCACUCCAGGAAAACCUCCCACCUCCAGCAAGGUCGGCAAAACCAAGGCGCUAGAGAUUUACUCCGCGUUGGAAAUGGUCCAGAUGGCCAUCGAUCCCGAGCCGCUGUCCCCCAAGGCGGCUGGAAUGUUUCUGCGAAUUUUGAAGAGACUGGAGGGGAGGAUCACUGGCGAGGCUGGUGAAGGCAAUUCGCCCGGCAAUUCGCCCGGCAAGUCGCCAGGCAAGUUACCAGGCAAGUUACUAGGCAAGUCACCAGGCAAGUCGUCUAGAUUUGGCAAGCGGGCACCACUUCCAGCGACAGUAACACCCCCACCAGGAGAUGCAACAUCGACUAUGCCAAAACCAACGACGCCGGCAGGUUCUGGAACAAAGACCAAUAAGGAUUUGUUGAAAGCUUUUAUCGACACUCUUCCUGAAAAAACUUCAACCUAA